AUGACCGUGGUGAUGGAGCUCAAUGGGAAGAUGGACGCAGCCGCCAAGUAUCCGUUGUCACAGCACCCCUAUGGCCAGGACCCGGAGUUCGGCAGCUGCUGCCCCUGCUGUGACUGCUGCCCCGGCUGCCCCGGCUGCGGCAGCUGCCCGAACCUCUGCUGCUGCUGCCCUAGCUGCUGCUGCCCUCCCAGCUGCGCCUGCUGCUGCCGGCUCUGCUGCUGCCUCCCCCAGCUCCUCUGCAAGCUGCCCAAGUUCGCCGGCUGCCCAAUCAACAUCAAGAGGCCGCUGAUCAUCCUGGUGGUCAUCGUCCUCGUUGUGGUGAUCAUCGUGGGAGUUCUGCUCAUGGGGCUGCACAUCACCCAGGCCCACACGGAGACGGUUUUGCAAAUGACCAUCGACGGCCUGGAAGGGGCUGGGUCCCAGCUGAACCUCGCCAUGGAGAUGGAAGGAGCAGCCACUUUCCAUGUGGAGGAUGGUACCAAUGACCCGGCCACGGUUAUCUAUGACUUUAACAGGCUGCUGAUGGCCUACAAGCCCUGGCAUAGACAAGCGUGCUACAUCGCCAGGAUGGACAAGGGAAACAUGCCAGGCCUGGAUGCUGUCCUCCAGGAAUUCCAGACCAAACUGUCCAUCACACCUCCCGUGCUGAGGGAGGAGGAGGCACUCCGUGCAUCUGUGGUUGACCGCUCCCUCAUGGGGGCCACAAUUAACAUCCUCUGUAGUCGUGUCCCCAUCUUCUGGGCUUAGAGAGGCUGGCUCACACAAGAGGUCCUGAACUGCUCCCCAAUGGAAGGGGAACACUGCAUCUGCUUGCACCCUCUCAGCAGAAUUUGGGUGGCUUUGUGGGGCACCCAGCUAAUGGAGGCUUGGCCUAGGGGAACUGUUCAGCUCAUCAAGAUUUAUUCAUGACAUGCACAAAAGGAAGAGGAGUCAUCUUCCAGGACAACAAGAAGUCCAGGUGGAAGAUACAGCCAGUGUUUUAGCAUCUCAUGAAUACACAGAGGUUUACAAAAGCCACACUCUAGUAAAAUACAGAGCCAUGGAAACACAAAAAAAAACCCAUGAUGUAUUUUAAACCCAAUGG